CCCUACUGCAUAGCAUGCAAACGUCCGGCAAAAUUCUUUUUUUCUUCUCUCUUUCUCUUUUUGAGAUGAUCCAUAUCUUGGGUUAGCCCGCCGUGCCCGCCUGGCAGCCCACCCGGGUCGCAGAUUUGCUACCUAGGCAAAGUCCAGUCCCAUGCAAAAGCCCAGAAAAAGGGGUCCCAGACUGCCUGAGCAUGGUAGAGGGAUGAACACCGCUUCUUUGACCGGCACACCGGGUUGGUCAGCUGCACUUGACUCGCACCGAGUCGCUCGACGGUGUGUAAGGUGUUAGUCGCUCCCGACCCACCUGGGCUUGGGUUAGGCAAUCCCGUGUCGAAAAGACGUUUCCUCGACGCCCCCUGCCCGACACGUCUCUGACUCUGGAUGGUGUGCUGUGCUGUGCUGUUCUUAUAUUUCAGUCUCGACGCUCAUUUUCGUCCUUUCGUCUUUUUGAUUUUCAGAUGUUUGUCGUCCUUCUGUCCCACAUAACGAAACACCAUAACGUAGCCUCAACUUGUGCUGAGCCGAGUCUGCCACUUACACCACUCGCUCGUUGCUUCACCCACAUCAUUUCUCGGCAAUCUUGAACGGCAAAACCUUCAAGCGCCCUCUGGGAUACCUUGAUCCAACAGCUCAAAGCCAUCCGGCUUUUCAUUUCAGCACAAUCACAGAGGCAUUGCUCCAGAUCAUCGUCAUGACUGCCGUUGUGACCACAGCCCCAUUGGGCGUCGACCUUCUGGCCAAGAGCAUCAAGGAGAACACAGCCAUCAACAUUGCUGAAGUCGACAUCAACAACACGGACAGAUUCCUCAUCCACUCUCCCUAUACAGAACCAGAGCACUUGCUAGAUCUCGAGACCCUGGAUGAUGAGAACGCACUCCUCGCCAGGGCGUUGUCUCAGAUGGAGUGCCUCCGCGCGGACUACGCCACGGCCGGCUACGUUGAAUCCUUCAAUUGGGACCAAGUUCUCGGCGAGCUCAAGCGCCUCGUCCAAUCCACUGGGAAAACAUUCAAGGAAACUUCCUUUUACAUUGUGGCAUUCCGCUCGACGAUCCCGCCAUCAACAAUCUACGAAGAUCUCGGCGUUCUGGACAAGGCCGCGCAUGCCGAAGCCAACCAAUUCGGGGGUUUCUUGAAGUAUUGGUUCGGAAGUCCCGACUCAGAAGGAAGAAAUUUGGCAACGUGCGUCUGGCGGUCGAGACCAGAUGCCGUCAAAGCCGGCCACGGUCAGGCUCAUCGCCGAGCAAGUCGUGCGACAGCGUCCAUGUACUCGUUCUGGAAGAUUGACCGACACCGCCUCAUCGUUCGUGACGGGGCCGAAAGCUGGGAGAUUGUCGAUUGGGUUGACUGAGAGCACCCUCUUUCAGACGGACGGGCAGGUAAAACAAAAGCGACUAUUUGCGGCGUUUGGUGAUUUUGAGAAAAUGUCGCAAUCGGGCUGGUAAAUGAGCAAUGAGACACCACAAACAGAGCGUAGGGUACGCCGCAUAAGAGGGUAUGACAUGGGCGCAUUUGAAUACUUUAGCAUUAUACAGCCAAGAAACCAUUGGCUUUUCCUCCAUAGACGGCGUAAUAGACAAACGCAUAGAUCCAACGCGCCGUACCUAUCCCACCUUACACUUGCAUCCAAUUGAUGGUCCUGUUGCAAAUCAAUCUGGUUGAUGGAGCGAAAGACGAGGGGAUGAUCGUGAGUACUGAAGCAGGUGAGAGAGCUCGGACUCCCAGAGGCGCUGAAUCACGGCCGUGAUGUACCAUUUCCAUUUUAUCGACAUGUACAACUCGACAUGGGCACAUAACACCCCCCGAGUGAUAUCGCAAAAUGAUGCUCAGGAGCAGGAGAGUCGAAU